UCACGGGGAGCGCGCUGCGCGGGCCCGCGGUGCUGAGUAUGGAGCUGUCCGCGGUGGGUGAGCGGGUGUUCGCGGCGGAGUCUCUGCUCAAGCGGCGGAUUCGGAAGGGCCGCAUGGAGUACCUUGUGAAAUGGAAAGGUUGGUCCCAGAAGUAUAGUACCUGGGAGCCUGAGGAAAACAUCCUGGAUGCCCGACUGGUGGCAGCCUUCGAGGACAGGGAGCGAGAAAGGGAGCUGUAUGGGCCGAAAAAAAGGGGUCCUAAACCCCAAACCUUUCUUCUAAAGGCACAAGCCAAAGCCAAUGCAAAGACAUAUGAGUUCCGGAGUGAGUCUGCACGUGGUGUACGAAUCCCAUAUCCUGGACGCCCACCUAGAGAGCUGCCAACUAGGUCCAGAGAAGGGCUGAGGAACAUCCCUACAUCAUCCCAGGAAAGCAGUGGUACCAGAGAUCUUUUCCAAGAGAGGGUAGCCAGUGCAGAAAUGCCAGGGGAACAUUAUCCCUUGAAAAUAAAAAAGAGGAAACUGCUUCAUCACGGAAAAGGUAUUCAUAACGCUGAUCCUCAACCUAUGAGGACAUCUACUUCCACUUCCACUGCGCAGGACGAGCAGAUGGCUGGUUCUGCUAGGGCAGAGGAUACAGGGCCAGUAAAGUACCACUCUGGCCACAGUGUUAUCCAGCUGGCCAGGCGACAGAACAUAGAUUUAGGGUCUUCUAGCCAGGCAGGACCUGGCUUCCUGUAUAGAGACCGUGUACUGACCCACGCUGGGCAGGAUGCACCGGAGCAACGUAGCAUUGACAGCCAUCCACACAGGACAAAGCACAGAACUGAUUUAAUGGCCUCCAAAGGCCAAGAGACAGGUGUCAACAGAAUUAGACACAGCUCAGACUACCAGGGACAAAUGCCUGAUUUUUAUCGGGGCGCUCUAGGGACCCAUGGGGGGAAGCCUUCCCUUAUUGCUCGUAUACCCGUUGCUAGGAUUCUGGGAGAACCAGAGGAGGAGCCAUGGAGACCUCGAGUGGACAACUUUGAGAAAGUGGUGGUAACAGAUGUGACUUCAAACUUUCUGACGGUGACUAUAAAGGAAAGCAAUACAGACCAAGGCUUUUUUAAAGAGAAAAGAUGAGAUAUAUAGAUAUCAAUCUAUUCAUAUAAAUAUAUAUCUAUCGAUCUAUAAAUGCAUAUAUGUAAAAUAUUCUACACACAUUCAUACAUAAACAGGCUGGAGAAAUCACUACAGAUUUAUACGUGUAUACAUUUGAUUUUGUUACCCCCUCUCCUCCCCCCCCCCUUUAUUUUUCCUUUUCUGUAAAUCUCACACCUUUUGGAAAUGUCCAGCCCUGUAUAUUCUAACGCUAUGUAACAUAUCCAGAGAGUGCGACAUCAGCACACUGCCCCACAGACUCUCCCCGUCCUGCACAAUCAGGUAUAUGGGCAAACCCCAGUCUGGAGUUUCUAAAGUUAAAAGAAAACAUAACCCCUGACUCCUACUCCGGGUCGCACACAUCUGAUACCACGCACUUUCACACUUUUUCUGCAAGGCUUUGUCAAACAUUCCCCUACAAAUUCCCCAAUUACAAGCACUUUUUAUAUUCUUUUUUACCCACAAUUUGCGGCCUGUAUAUGGAUCUUGCGCUCACAGACUUUACGCAGCCCUUCUCCCCACCACAGCUCCUGUCUUUAACAAAAAAAAAGUUAUACAGUAUAUGCCCUCUGUUUGUUUUGCUACUUUGCUGAAUUAACUGAAAUGUUUUGUAUUUGCUGUAAAUAUGUUAUUUAAAUAAUAUAAUUCUGCAGAAGUAUAAAUUUAUCUUAUUUUUUUUUUUUUUUUAAUCUGACUCUUGGAUGUUACUGUAUUCUGUUUGCUCAUGAACAAGAAAAAACAUUUCUCGAAGUAUAUAUGUAUGCAUUAACGGCUCACCUGAGCGUUUCUGUGUUGGCCGUGAAAUGCACUGGUGUUUGUCUUACCAGUAGAGCAUAAAAUUGUCUGUAUGUCAGGUUAA